AUGACGUGCGAGCAGCUGGUAGAAUUAUUCGACAAGUGGGUCGUUUCAUCAGUAGACGCGGACCUAUGGAUGAUCAUUUUACUGGCGAUGACCACUGGUUGGCUGACGCCUCGUGGCGAGGGGGCGGUUGACGUGACCGUCCAGAGGGUCGUGGACGGCGAGACCAAAUUCCUGUGGAUGAACAGAGUGUUCGCCAAAAUGUGCGAACUCCAGGACGGAAGCGAAUCCACGUGGCCGCCUUUGACCUUCAGAAGCUGGAGGCCCACGGACGCCGACAAGGUACGUCUGGUCGUCCUCACCUUCCUCGAGUCGGGCGGUGACUACCUGCCGGUAUUUUCCGGGCUACCGUUCGACAAGAUGUGGGUGCUCGUCUUGAAGAGCGUGCGGACGGAGGGUUUGUUCGAUAAGCCGUUUUUCUUCGAGGACCAGGACGGCACGUGGGCCGUAGAUAUCGACGAAUGCGCGAAACUUUUGGCCACACCGUUUUUCUACAAGGAUGAAGCGGCGUUUGGCAGUGCUCAUUUAACUCCUCGCCAGCUGCUCGAAAGCGUCCGCGGUGGCGUCGAGGACUACGUGAGCUUGAUCCGCUACGCCAUCCUCCAACUCCCCAAGAAGAAGACGACAGCCACCUGUCCGCCUUAUUUUGCCUUGCGCAUGCAGGCAGCACGGGGUAACGCCACCUUCAGGUACUGGCAGAAUGGCCUGAGGGAGACCAUGCCGGCGACCGAGUUUGCCGGCAAAGGAUGGGGCGUCGACCGACGAGGACAGGGGAGCAACGGCGACGAACUCGCAGCCGGGAACUGCGUGCUUUGGUUGUCCGAGUGCAAGGACAGGAAGUGCUCGCUCGCUUGCGGCUGCAGAGGUCAUUGCACCCUCCGUCGGGCGGCGCCGGCACCCGUGCGAGCAGGGGGGAUGUCUGCGUCCCGGCCCACGGUGGGUGCUUCUCAAACUGGGCCGAUCGAGGGUGUUGCUCGACAUCAGCCACCCGUCGACACUCGACCACAGCCAUCCGUGCUUGUUUCCAAUGCCAUGACACUCUUUGCCGCUUCUAUGAAGCAGCAGGAAUCGCACGGAGCGGAACAAAACGACGAGGAGACGGGGACUACGGAGUCACCUGCGAGCAACGGCGAUUCCUCCGGCCAGGCCGCGGAUUCGGAGAACGAAGAGCUGGAGGGCCCUGAGUCGGACGAGAACAGCGACGGUUCGGUCGGUGCACUCGAUGAUUUGAUCAAGUUGGAUUCGGACGAAUCUGGCUCCAGCGAUGGAGAAUCUGACGUGUUGAGCGAGAAGAGCGUCGACCCGGCCUGGAGUGACGGAGACACAAAUGACGGUAUUGGGGAUCUCGUACUCGACGCUUGGAACUGAGAUUUGGCUACUUCUUCAGACAGGUGCAUGUUACGUUCGUUGAGACACAUGGCUUGGGGUUUGGGGAGGUCGUGCCAGGCAUUCUUGCAUGUCAGUUCUCCACAUCGUACCUGAAGAUCGCUGUGUAAUGAUUUAUUCUAACCUCACCUUUCAAUGGUGGAUAAACAGGCCCAUGCGUCACUUCCGUUGGAUGCAUCCAUCCAUCAAAUACGACGACCGGGGGGCACGAGAUAUCAGACGUAGGAAUAGAAGCCUAACGCUGACCAGCCGGCUAGAGCGCACGUUUUCGCCCGGCCGAUUUCCGUGUCUAGUUGCGCAGGGAGACGGACGGACGGGGGGUCUUUUUUGUUCGGCCAGGCUGGGUGUCCGUUGUUCAUUGGCAUGGUAAUUUGUUCGUCGCGUUUUAUCCGUAAAGUGCCUGAAACCUAUUGGGGUGCUGUGUGCGUUCGGGCCUGUGUCGUUUGUACUGACUGUAAAAAUGUAAGAAAUUUGUUGUAUAUCCUUCAGUUCGGGCAUGAUGUCGAUAGAUUUGGGCAAGUUUGGGGGCUCGGUCUCGUGUACGGUGAUCACGUCCACGAGAUAUUUCGGAGGAGAUAUAUUUGUUGUGCUGGUCCCUUCCCGUGGGCAGGGGAUCGUGCGGGUCGUGUGGCGCGGGCGUCUGGGGGCAUUCUCCUAUCGGUUGGAACUGGAGGUUUGAAUCUUGGUGGCUCUCGAUUGCAUCAAAUUUGGGCCAUGUCAUCCGAGCACAAGUCGCCGGAGACGGAAGAACGCUGGUGUCGUCCGCAGUGAAGGACCUACUGGUGGUCAAGUCGAGUCGGCGUUGGGGACGGGAAGGAGUUCGUUUCCCCCGUCUCAGGUUGUGGCGGGCGCUAUUGCGGCGGCCGCGAGGGCUGCUGCCAGUGGCGUGGAUUCCCCAGCAGGUGACGUGGCUUCAACAGCGCAAUCAUCCGCAGAUGUUGGUGGUGCUGAGAGCGGUGGGUUUCCGACUCAGGGUCACACUCGGGCCUUGGCUUCCGGCGGUGACCGCCAGCCGGAGCUCCGGCGUGCGGAUGACCAAGUCCAGGCCCACGUUAUGUCGCGUUUGGCCCAUAUGUCGGUGGGUGCUGCGGGGGGGGCGGAGCCCAGCGAGGGCACCCCGCUCGCGUCUGAGAAUGCGGAAAAAUCGCUCGUCUGGAACAAGGCCAGACGAACAUUGUGGCGCAGCUUACCGAGAUCGCUGGGUUGGUGAAGAACUUCCGGCCGGAGUCGGGGCAGGAUGGGAGUCGUGGGCCCGGGGGGUCGGGAGGCCUCGGUCUGGUGCCGGUGCCGUCGCCGUGGGGCGGG